CCAAUACAGACAUUGUGAAAUGGCGGCGACCAUGCCAUCGGCAGACCCGCAAGCCGAACAAAUCAAGCAGUUCAAAGACUUUCUCGUCUCGUACAACAAGCUGUCGGAGCUGUGCUUCGCCGACUGCGUGCACGACUUCACGGUGAGGCACGUGAGGGAUAAGGAGGAGAAGUGCGCCAUGAACUGCAUGGAGAAAUACAUGAAGAUGAACCAGCGCAUAUCGCAGCGCUUCCAGGAGUUCCAAAUCCAAACCAACGAAGCGGCGUUAGCGGCGCAAAAAGGGGAUGCACUAGCCGUCGCUGCGACUCGGAGAGAUGACUGCGACGAGAGAGCGGCAUUCCUCACCUUGGGCCACGUCCACCUGCGUCGACCUGUGGACGUGCUGCUUUGCUACUGUUACAAAACACGUGUGUGGGUGUGCUUCGUGACAAGGUGCGCAUGGAACGUCUGACAAGUUUCCGUAUUUCACGGUCCUCUAGCAUCGCUUUUAAUUUCAAAGCGUAGUUUACUCCAUGGAUUAGUUUGUAAUAAACCGUUAUGCACUGUUUGCGAA